AUGAGCCCGGCAAGGAUCACACUGUGGGCCCGAGACACUGCCAGUGAUCUCAAGUCGGUCCCUUCGACUUUCUCUAGUUGGGACAAAUGCAUGGCCAAAUCUUACUGCAAGUGGCCCGUGAUCGUGGGUAUUAUCGUCGGCUGCUGCUGUCCGUCAGGCAGGCGCAGAAACAAGCCUUCCAAGCACUUGGACGAUUCUCCGUUCCACCAGCCUCCACCGCCUGUUCAGAACCCUGUCUACCAACCCUCCCCAGCUCCGCCCUCAUAUCGUGGUGCGCCACAGAGUGCGCCUUCAUUCCGCGGUGGAUCUCAGACCGCGCGCUUCGAUGCGCCCAAGACCCCUGUCGCUCAUGUGAACGAGGAUGCCCUACCUGAUAUGCCAACAUGGGCUGGGGCUGUCGACAAGCACGUUGAAGUCACAGAUCAUCACGACGACGUCGAAAUGAAGCCAUUGGAUCCCCCGGACCGCAAGCAGGGUGCUGGCACCCCUGGUGUUGCCUACUCUGACUACUCACCCAACCCAGCCAUGGCGGCGGGAGGUUAUAGAGGCUUCAACCCUACAGAUCCGUAUGCGCGUCGGUCGCCCGGCCCAGGAGCAGCCUUGAAUCCCGCUCAAGACCCGUAUGCGCGACGCUCACCGGGCGUGCCUUCCGCUGGAGGAGCGAUUGAUCCAUAUGGCAGAAGAUCACCAGGUCCAGCAGCCGCACUGGGUGCAGCCGAGGAUCCAUAUGGACGACGAUCACCCGGCCCAGCAGCAGCUUUGGCCGCCUCUCAAGAUCCCUACGGGCGGCGUUCGCCAGGAGUGGCAGUUCCAUCGGCCGCCGUUGAUCCCUACGGGAGACGGUCUCCUGGUCCUCCAGUGGGCUAUGGUGCUUCCCCGCAAGAUCCCUAUGGCUCACGCACUCCACUAGCAUCCCCCGUCGGCGCACCGGUCCACAAUCCCUACGACCAGCAACACUACGAAAACUCCCACGACGAAGAGUCCUACGGCGCCGGCGGCAACGGCUACCAUGCUCUGACAGCGCCAUCUCCGGUGGCUGCAUAUAAGCCGCACACAAACUACAGCCCGGUACCAAUGCCCUCUCCGUCUUCUGAAGUCGACCACCCGACGCCAGGCUUCCAGCGCCAGCCCUCGUUCGGCUCCAGCCAGUAUCCCCCAUCCUACACCUCCCAGCCUUCUUACCGCGGCUUCUCCUCUGGUGCGGCUCCUUCCUCAGAGUAUACUACCUAUAACCCCCAUGCCAACUCCACUCUUGCCCCAGAGCCGGACAACACCAGACCUCCGAGUCUGUUGCAGAGUGGGAAAAAGCCUCCCCUCAAUGCUUCCAGCAACUUUUGA